GGGGAUGGGCCAUAUUGCCAAUAUCCCAAUGGACAACUCCGCUAAACUGGACAAUACCUGCCCACGUGGCCAGAGUGGCGAUGACGGCAAAAUCGCCGAUUGCGGGACUUUCUCUGCUUGCAGCCCUUCCUGUGAUUACCGGGAAUUGGAUGGGAUUAAGUCCUCACACAAUAUUAUACCAUUCUCUGUUUUCCUACGAGCCGUCACACCUCACGUUCCCCCCUCAACUUACAGUCCCAGCCUUUCGCGACUAUGCGUUUUAUCAUUCGUGAUGACCCUCAGUCUGUUGGCGCCUAUAUUGGUGAUUAUAUUGCCAAACGCAUAAAGGCUUUUAAUCCAACUCCAGAACACCCAUUCGUACUGGGCUUGCCCACAGGAUCGAGUCCCAUCCCUACCUACAAAUACCUCAUCAACUUGGUCAAGAAAGGGGAAAUAAGCUUCAAGGACGUCGUCACGUUCAACAUGGACGAAUAUGUGAAUCUCCCCAAGGAGCACCCAGAAUCAUACCACACGUUCAUGUUUCGCGAAUUUUUUUCGCACAUUGAUAUUGAUCCCUCGAACGUUCAUAUCCUCGACGGGAACGCCCAGAAUCUCAUAGAAGAGUGUCGGGGGUAUGAGGCCGCGAUCAAAUCCUACGGGGGGAUCGAACUUUUCCUCGCCGGCAUCGGGGAAGAUGGGCACAUCGCGUUCAACGAGCCUGGUUCUUCGCUUUCAUCCCGCACACGAAUCAAGACCCUUGCAUAUGACACCAUCCUAGCCAAUUCUCGCUUCUUCGGUGGUGAUUUAACCAAGGUGCCGAGAAUGGCACUGACAGUUGGUGUAGCUACUGUUCUAGAAGCUCGAGAAGUUGUGGUCGUAGUCACUAGCCAAAGGAAGAGCUUGGCUCUUAGCAAGGCGAUAGAGGAAGGAGUGAACCAUAUGACUACUCUUUCAGCACUCCAACUUCACCCGUGGGCCUUGAUUGUAGCGGACGAGGACGCUACAGCUGAGUUGCGCGUAAAAACUGUCAAAUACUUCAAAUCUAUCGAGCGCGUCCAAGAGGAAGUUGAGCAAGACCACCAAGAUCUCAAUGCUAGUCAGAUAGGGAUCGAAUACAUCGACAGAACUACCAUGACAUUGACUCAGCAGACCGUGUCCAGAAGGAACUCUGCCCACUCGUCUUGACCACCUCUAGUAGACCUCGUUUCUCCAUUAUCAAAACGCCCGUUGUCUCAUUGUCGUAAUCUCGAGUUACUAGUCUCCCAUGUGCAACCCUGGAUAUA